UCAACACAAACAUGCACUUCAGGCGUUCUGUCUAUGUUAUUCUCUUCAUCGGUUCAGCAUACGCAUCGAGCUGGUUUGGCUCUGAAUAUGACAAAUGGUCCCAUUCCGAUUUGCACUUCUGGCUUGAAGACCACCACAUUAAGGUCCCCUCUCAUUUUGAUCAAUCUCAGCUUCACGACCUCGUAGCGGCGAACUGGGCUUCUCCCCCUCCUCCACCCCCGUCAUUUGCUGAACAGUCUCGUGCAUACGCUGAUGCAAGCAGGCAAUGGAGCUAUGAUAGAUAUACUCGUGCUCAGCACGCAUUCCAGGACUUGCAGGAGAAUUCCUUCGACACCUGGGACGAGAGCAAAUUGAGAGCAUUUCUGCUCGAGCAUGGCGUGGUAGCACCUUCUGGACCCCGCGAACAGCUUCUUUUGCUUGCUAAACAGAAGCAUCGCUCCUAUAUCAACGCCGCAUCAUACUACUCUUCCAUUGCAUCUGAAACCGCCACUUCCGCAUACUCCGAUGCUACAGAUACAUUAUACCACGCGUCUAAAAGUGCGAGCAGCGUCGUAGCUCAGGCUACCCAUGAUGUUGUUCGUGCUUUCGACGACAGCAGGGACUAUGUAUACUCAGCUUGGGAUGAUAACUAUCUCAGAUCUUGGCUCGAAGAUCACGGAGUAGUUGAAGCUAGAAAGGCUAGCACCCGCACCGAGCUCACGAAACUCGCCAACGACUAUUGUCGUACAGCCGUAGAGCCAGUAUGGAACGUCUGGAGCGACUCGUAUAUGCGCGAAUGGCUAAUUUCGCAUAACCUUCUUUCACCUUCCGAUACUGCAUCACGCUCUACCUUACUUGGGGAGAUGAAGAAGUAUUAUUACUCCUCACCCGACAAGGUUUGGAGUGUUUGGUCUGACAGUGAAUUGAAGUCUUGGCUCGUCAAGCAUGGUCUCCUCAAUAGUGACGCACAAAAGAAACGUGAUGAACUGGUAAAGAUGGUCGAGGACAACUACGCUUCUGCCUCGGACAGCGUAUGGGACGCUUGGAACGAUUCAGACAUUCGUCGAUGGCUUUCUCAACACGGAUACACUGAUGAUAGAAACUUUGCACAAAAAAAGCGUGAUGAGUUGGUGAGCUUGAUCGAUAGGCAAUAUAACGACGUUUCUACGCGCACUGCUGCAUACCUCGUAUGGCCGGAUGCUCGUUUACGUGCUUACCUUCGCGAGCGUGGUGUCAGCGAAGCUGCACUCCCCACGAAUAGACCCGGGUUAUUGCAGGAGACUCGCAUCCGCUGGGUUCAGACAUCUAACCGUGCUGAGACAAUCUUCACAAAGCUGAAUGAGAUUAUUAACAGUGGCGUUGGCGCGGUGGAGGAUAGAUUGGCCAGAAUUCUCGAGCUCCUGAGUGGCCAUUUGCACUACGCUUCUGAGAAGACUAGUGAUGCCCGUGCGUACGCGGAGGAUAAGAAAGAUAGCGCGUGGCAUUGGUGCUCUCAGAAGGGCGAUAAUGCGAAAGGCAAGAAUGCCGAUUAUGCUGAGUGUGCCAAGAGCAAGCUACAGGAGCAAGGAUUUAAUGAGAAGGUGAAAGGCGCUGCCGAAAGCAUUAAAUGGGGCGGGGAGAAGAUGAAAAGCGCUGGCGAUGAACUCUAGACCGAAAACAAGCGAAGCAUGUCCACUGUUCUCCACAUAUGCAUUCAAGACAGUACCUAUGUAGUAAUUCUGUAACAUCGUAUCUCGUGUUGUAUCUUUCUAAAUGAAUCUCCAGUCCCGUUGUCGUGGCGUACACUACAUAGGGGUAUUACAUAUUAGGAAUAAGCAGAUGUUUGAUGCUA